AUUGUUUGGAGUGGUAAAAGGGACUGAUGGGGACACAGGAUGGCAGCCCGGACUGGAAUACUCUGACCCUGGACAUGUGUUCGAACUGAAUUCUUGCAAAACUCGAGCUCGGCCAAGAGAGGCACGGUGCUGAGGGAGAGCCAUGCCGCUGGUGAAGCGGAACAUCGAGCCCCGGCACCUGUGCCGUGGGGCACUGCCAGAGGGCAUCGAGAGCGAGCUGGAGUGUGUGAUGAACAACACGCUCUCUGCUAUCAUCCGCCAGCUCAGCAGUCUGAGUAAGCAUGCUGAGGAUAUAUUUGGCGAGCUCUUUAACGAGGCGAGUGUAUUCUAUCUGCGGGCAAACUCCCUGCAGGAUCGCAUCGACCGGCUCGCCGUCAAGGUCACUCAGCUGGACUCCACUGUGGAAGAGGUCUCUCUUCAGGACAUUAACAUGAGGAAGGCUUUUAAGAGUUCUACUGUACAGGACCAGCAGGUGGUAUCCAAGAGCAGCAUUCCUAACCCUGUUCAAGAGAUGCACAACUUGAGUGACAAACCACCUCCACUCAACAACCUCACACCGUACAGGGAUGAUAAUAAGGAAGGAUUGAAGUUCUACACAGACCCCUCGUACUUCUUUGACCUGUGGAAGGAGAAGAUGCUCCAAGACACGGAGGACAAGAGGAAAGAAAAACGACGGCAGAAAGAGCAGAGGCGGUGUGUGGAUGGCACGCUUCAGAGGGAGGUGAAGAAGGUGCGGAAGGCUCGGAACCGCCGGCAGGAGUGGAACAUGAUGGCCUUCGAUAAGGAGCUGAGGCCCGAUCAGCACACACACUCCCUGCACAGAGGAGCCGGCUCCGACAGCUCCAUGUCGCCGGAGAACAGGUCCCAUGCCCAAGAUCACCUCGAUCACGGCUAUCUUACGAUGCCUAACCAUGCAGGACACGCCCACACGUACUCUGGCCCUCCGCUCAGCAUGGCGGCCCUGUCGGCUCACGCCCAGAUGGGCAUAGAACAGGACUGCAGGGCGGGCUCUAUGGCAUACCGCGCCGGCACCCUGGGCCGUCCGCACCAAGCCCCGCCUCCUCCACCACCAACGGAUACAAUGCACAGUUCCAUGUCCAUCCCACCUGUGGACUACAGUAUUGAUUACGUGAAUGCAGCAUCACCCCCUGCACCACCAGCUCCCCUAAUUCCAUCGGCACAAACCGCUUUUGCCAUGCCCCCCAUGGGCCCGGCCCCGCCUUCAGGCCAUCCAGCACCAAUGGGUGCAGGUGCAAUCUACAUCCCUCCUGCUUCACCUGCCUCUGGACCAAUGGCUGCUCCUCCACCACCAGGGCCCCCGCCUCCCCCCCCCAGCGCAGCCCAGUCAGUCACACCCAAACGUCCAUCUGCACCAAGUGAUGCCCCACCCACUAAUGAUGCUCGUAGUGACCUGCUGGCAGCCAUACGUAUGGGGAUUCAGCUGAAGAAGGUGCAGGAGCAGCAGGAACAGCAGGCCAAGCGGGAGCCAGUGGGCAACGAUGUUGCCACCAUCUUGUCUCGCCGCAUUGCUGUGGAAUACAGCGACUCCGAAGAUGACUCGGAGUUGGAGGACAAUGACUGGUCUGACUAGAUGGUGUAAAAAAGGACAGUUCCUCUGCACAGUCUCUCAUGUACAGUAACACUACAGUAUCUUCAGCACCCUGAAAUAAGUGCAUAUGUAUGCGAAUAAACCCAUGGUAGGAUGCCUGUCCAGCAGUAUAAUUAGAUAUUAAACAAUUUUUGUUUUAUUUUUCCCUUAUUAUAAAGUAACUGACCUUUUCCAUGCUUUUCUAAUAAUCCUUAACAAAAAAUGCUGUGAAUAGGCAAUUUGGGUGUAGUGAAUAGUAGGUCAGACAACAGGGAUAUUAUCACAGCAUGGUCAGAGGAGCUCUUCUUAAGUCCACCACAGCUAUGCUUGGACAUGCCCAGGGUGGAAGUCACUUGCUAUACACAACCUGUGUGAACUGGCCUGAGGUGAUUGAAUUAACAGUCUGAAGGGCGCUCAUUUGACUGUGCUCGAUUGGUUAUGCCUAGAGCAGAGAUAUCAGUAUGGGAGGUGAUGGAAUGGAAUAGCGUUGGCAUGGACAUGUGAACUCUGAUCUCAUGACAAUAAAAAACAUAAUUAAAAUGUA